AUGGCAUUAGAUCGGAAAAGUGGUUUCUGCGAGUCAAACUCCAUUUUCUACAGCAAGCGCGACCCCAUGAUCCUCCCCCCUCCAGACCAACACCUCGACGUCACGACGUUCAUCUCGUCGCAGCCUCACCGCGGUAAAACCGCCUUCGUAGACGCCGUCACCGACCGUCGCCUCGGCUUCUCCGAGCUCUGGCUCGGCGUGAAGAGAGUCGCCGCUCGUCUUUAUUCGCUAGGCGUUCGCAAGGGCGAUGUCGUCGUCAUACUCUCUCCCAACUCCAUCCUCUACCCCGUCGUCUCCCUCUCCGUGAUGUCUCUCGGCGCCGUCAUCACCACGGCGAACCCGAUCAGCACUUCCGGCGAAAUCUCCAAACAGCUCGAGGAUUCUCUCCCCGUCCUCGCCUUCACCACCUGCCAACUCGUCUCCAAACUCGCCGCCGCCGCCGCCGCCGCCGCCGUCUCCGCCGCGUCGGAAGCGAACCUCCCGGUGGUUCUCAUGGACGGAGACGACGGAGUAAAAGCUCACGAGAAAGGCGUGAAGAUAGUGGGGAGCUUGGAGACGAUGAUGGAGAGUGAACCGAGCGAGUCACGAGCGAAGCAGCGAGUCAACCAGGACGACACGGCGGCUUUACUAUACUCAUCAGGCACGACGGGGAAAAGCAAGGGAGUGAUGAUAACGCACCGUAACCUAAUCGCUUUGGCACACACGUACCGGCUCCGGUUCGGUUUAGAGCAGCGAACCGUCUGCACGAUCCCGAUGUGCCACGUGUUCAGCUUCGGCGGUUUCGCCACGAGCUAUAUCGCGUUGGGAUGGACGACGGUGGUUCUCCCCAAGUUCGAGAUGUCCAAGCUUCUCUCCGCCGUGGAGGUUCACCGUCCCACGCACCUCACUCUCGUCCCUCCGAUGGUGGUGGGGAUGGUUAACGGAGCGAAGGAGAUCAACUCCAAGUACGACGUGAGUUCGCUGCACACCGUCGUGGCUGGAGGAGCUCCGCUGAGCAGAGAGGUGAUCGAGAAGUUCGUUAGGAAUUAUCCGAACGUUAAGGUGCUGCAAGGCUAUGGUUUGACCGAGACAACGGCUAUAGUUGCUACUAUGUUCACUAAAGAGGAGACUGAGAGGUUCGGUUCCUCUGGUUUGCUUUCUCCGAACGUGGAGGCUAAGAUUGUGGAUCCGGAGACGGGUCGGUUAUUGGGUGUGGGCCAAACCGGUGAGCUCUGGCUCCGGAGCCCCACUGUGAUGAAAGGUUAUUACAAGAACGAAGAAGCUACUGCAGCUACUAUAGAUUCAGAUGGGUGGUUGAAGACUGGUGACUUGUGUUACAUUGACAGUGAAGGUUUUGUGUUUGUUGUUGAUAGAUUAAAGGAGCUAAUCAAAUGCAAUGGUUAUCAGGUUGCUCCAGCUGAACUAGAGGCACUGUUGCUUGCUCAUCCAGAGAUUGAUGACGCAGCAGUAAUACCUAUCCCUGAUGAGAAAGCUGGGCAGUAUCCAAUGGCAUAUAUUGUAAGAAAAGCUGGAAGUAACUUAUCCGAAAGUGAAAUCAUGGGCUUCGUUGCAAAACAGGUAUCACGGUACAAGAAGAUACGUAAAGUCGUAUUUUUAGGUUCAAUCCCCAAAAAUCCAUCUGGCAAGAUUUUGAGAAGAGAGCUUAAAAAGCUCACAACUUCAAAACUCUAGCAGGAAGUUUUGUCCACCAUCCAUCAUUUCUCGUACUUCACUGUUAGUUAACUCAUUUAUAUGGUUAACCGAUUAUUAACUUCCUCUAUAGAAGUCUCUGAAUAAACUGAAUAUUGCUAUUCAGUACUGCAAAUGCUAAUCAGAAAAAACAAAUGAUUGUCAGACUCUAACAACCCUAAAGCCUAAGAUCGCCAGGCUCAGCCACCCUGGCAUGACUUAAAGCUCUAAGUCUCUUGCCGUGAGGAUAACUGUCAUCUUCAUCCGUUAAACUGUCUAUGUGGUAUUUCUCUACAUAGACAAGAAAAAGUUGCAACUUCUUGAGUUUGAUACUUGUAUACCAGUAGUUGUAUAAUUUUAGCAAAAUACAGUUCUUUCUAAAACGUUUCAAAGGCACA